CAGACGAGACCGGAAGGUUAUAAUUUCUGACGUCAAAAGUGUAGUCGAUACGAUCGAAAAUGGCGGAGUACCUGGCGUCCAUUUUCGGUACAGAGAAAGAUAAGGUGAACUGUUCUUUCUACUUUAAAAUUGGUGCCUGCCGACAUGGUGACCGGUGCUCCAGAUUACAUAAUAAGCCAACUUUCAGCCAGACCAUCUUGAUUCAAAACAUCUACCGUAAUCCCCAAAACAGUGCGCAGACGGCCGACGGCUCCCACUGUGCUGUCAGUGAUGUGGAGAUGCAGGAGCACUACGAUGAGUUCUUUGAGGAGGUCUUCACAGAGAUGGAGGAGAAGUACGGAGAGGUGGAGGAGAUGAAUGUGUGCGACAACCUGGGAGACCAUCUGGUUGGAAAUGUAUACGUGAAGUUCCGUCGUGAGGAAGACGCGGAGAAGGCAGUGAUGGAUCUGAAUAACCGCUGGUUCAACGGUCAACCAAUUCACGCCGAGCUCUCUCCCGUUACUGACUUCAGAGAAGCCUGCUGCCGCCAGUACGAGAUGGGGGAGUGUACUCGAGGAGGCUUCUGUAACUUCAUGCACCUGAAACCCAUCUCCAGGGAGCUGAGGAGGGAGCUGUACGGACGCCGCAGGAAGAAGGGAGGGGGCCAUCGUUCUCGCUCCCGUUCCAGGGAACGCCGUUCUCGCUCGAGGGAUAGAGGCAGGGGAGGCAGACGCGACCGCGAGAGAAGGCGUUCCAGAGAACGCUCUGGAAGGUUCUAAACCAAGCCACCACCACACGUCCAUCACUCUCCAUCCAUUCUCAAAUCCCUAUAUCUUUCCCUCCAUUGCGGCCUUUUAAUUCCCCGUUGGCCCUUUCAUAUUGUCCCAAUGACCAAAACUAAUUGGAAAAUGUUGGACUUGAUAUUUUUCUUUUUUAUAAUUUUUAUUCAAGAAAUGUAAAGCUUGCCAUGUCAAUAAAAAAACAUGUUUUACAGGGCGCUA